GCGCUCUCCUCUCAAACACAGUAGGAAAAAAAUUCCGAAUAUUUAAAAAAAGAGAAUUUCCCGAAAUAAAUCCCUUCAUGUCCAAAAAUCAGUUUCCCGACCACCGCCCGCACUCCAACACACACACCCAAACAGAUUUCAUUACCGCCCUCCCCAUUCACUCUCCUUCCUCCACAGUAGAACUUGAAUCGUCAUUAAUGGCGAUCUCAUCGCCGCCGCCGUCGUCGUCGUCGUCGUCUUCCUCCUCGACCACGUCAAUUCCCAACCGCGAUUGCCAUCUCCGACUCCGUCAUCUCUAAUUAAAUAACAAACAACCACAAACACUGCGUACCCCAUCUACAUUAAUUGCUUCCAAUUUUGUUUUCCCCCCCACCUCCUUCGUCGUGUUCCUCUUCUGCUCCGGACAUUUCUAUAAAUCCCCCCUUUCCACAUAUAAAUGGGACACCACUCUCAUUCGCACGCCCAUCACCACAACACCAGCGAUGGCGUCUCUCAGCGAGUCAACAGCCCUCGCUUCACGGGCUCCAUGACUCGCCGGACUACUUCCUUCAAGCGCAACCCCAACGCCGCCUCCGCAGCCGCUAAUGCGAACGGCACCGCGGGCGACACCGCUGCUCAGGCGGCCGGCAACAGCGCCUCCAACAGCGCAGGCGCCAGCCCCAGGUUCGGCGCCGCGGGGGACGAGAUUGAUCUCCAGAUCGCCUCGCCUAGAUCUGAGGUCGUCGUCGUCGACGGCUUCGAUCGCCAGCACCUCGUCCAGAGAGUCCACGCCGGGGUAGCGAGGAGUAGUAGGAAGGGCGGUGGGGGAAUCGGAUCCGUCGUCCGGGAUUUCGGUCUCAGGGAGCGGAAGAAGCUCGGGCAGUGGAUGUUCUUCGCCUUCUGCGGCGUUUGUUUGUUUUUGGGCGUUUUCAAGAUUUGUGCCGGCGGCUGGUUUGGAUCUGACCUCGACGGCGCCACCUACCAGCAGGAUUUGCCUGAUCAUGUAAACCAACUGGACUUGGAUGAGAGCUCCCACAUUUCUGACACUUUUGAGUAUAAAGACAAUGGCGAUGCAGAUAGAAAUCUAAAGGCAGUCACUGCAGGUUUAGAUCUCAGUGAUGAUGCCAAGGUUGAAGACGUGGAUCGAAAUCUAAGGACGUCGACCACAGGGCUAGCUCACAGUAAUGGUGUCAAGGUUGAAGUAAGUGUUGAAUUUCAUUCUCUUUCUUCAUUCGGAUAUUGGCUUCAUACAACCUUGUCAGGUAUCUGGGCAAGACCUGACAGUGAGAAUUUCACCCGCUGCAUUGACUUACCAAGAAGUCACAAAAGGCUAGAUGCGAAAACAAACGGUUAUAUCCUCAUAAAUGCCAAUGGUGGCUUAAAUCAGAUGAGAUUUGGGAUCUGUGAUAUGGUCGCUGUGGCUAAGGUUACGAAGGCCACACUGGUCCUUCCCUCUCUUGAUCACACCUCGUAUUGGGCAGAUGACAGUGACUUCAAGGAUCUGUUCAAUUGGCAACAUUUCAUUGAGACUCUACAAGAUGAAGUACACAUAGUUGAGGCUUUGCCAGCAUCUUAUUCAGGAGUGGAGCCUUUUGUGAAAACACCAAUAUCUUGGUCUAAGGUUAGCUAUUAUAAAAAUGAGGUCUUGCCACUGUUGAAGCAGCACAGAGUAGUCUACUUUACGCACACUGAUUCUCGGAUUGCAAAUAAUGGUAUCCCGGAUUCUAUCCAAAAGCUAAGAUGUCGUGUGAAUUACAGGGCAUUGAAAUAUGCCAAACCAAUAGAAGAACUUGGAAACUUGUUGGUGGCAAGAAUGAGAGGAAAUGGGAAUCCUUACCUUGCACUCCAUUUGAGGUAUGAGAAGGAUAUGCUUGCAUUUACUGGCUGCAGUCACAGUUUGAGCGCAGAAGAGGACGAGGAGCUACGAAGCAUGCGUUAUGAUGUGAAUCAUUGGAAGGAGAAAGAAAUAAACGGGACAGAAAGAAGGUUGCUUGGUGGUUGUCCAUUGACUCCCAGGGAGACUUCUCUACUGCUGAGAGCACUGGGCUUUCCUUCCAGCACUAUGAUUUACUUGGUAGCUGGUGAGGCCUAUGGGAACGGAAGUAUGCAGUAUCUGGAGGACGACUUCCCAAACAUCUUCUCGCACUCGACUCUGGCUACAGAAGACGAGCUGGAACCUUUCAAGAACCAUCAGAACAUGUUGGCUGGUAUAGACUAUGUUGUUGCACUUCAGAGUGAUGUGUUUGUGUAUACUUAUGAUGGAAAUAUGGCCAAGGCAGUUCAGGGCCACCGGCGAUUCGAGAACUUCAAGAAGACCAUCAACCCCGACAAGAUGAACUUUGUGAAACUCGUGGAUCAGCUCGACGAGGGGACACUGUCAUGGAAGAGGUUCAGUUCCAAAGUGAAGAAGCUUCACCGGGAGCGAAAUGGAGGGCCAUAUUAUCGGGAGGUUGGAGAGUUUCCAAAGCUGGAAGAGAGCUUCUAUGCAAAUCCUCUUCCAGGGUGCAUUUGUGAGAAGGGAAGGCGGAAGUAAAGCAGAGUACAGAGCGAGAGAGAGAGGAAGCUCUCUCCCUUGUUUCAUUCUCCAGCAAACAGGUUGCGCCCACCCGGGAAACAGGACUUUGAGGAGAGAAAUGGUGCUGCCUGCCAUUCUUCCACCAGUAUUAAGUCGGAAACUGGCGCUUGUACAUCUCGUCAAGCUUGACGAAUGGCGUCGGUUUCAAACUUGAUAGGAGAGUAGCUGGAAACAAUCAACAACAGAAAGAAAGGAAAUUGCAUAGGUGAAGGAAUGGAGGGACCGUCGUCAUAAACUUCUUUUUUUGUGUACAAAACACAGCACCGACGAUACAGAUACUAAUGUAUGUAGCCGAGGGAUAGGAAAGCUGUAAAAUGUCAGCUCAUUUGGGCUGAACAGGGUUUGUUUUGCAUUGAAAAACAGCUCCAGAUUUGUUGGAGCCACAAUACACAUUGAACUAUUGGGAUGUUUUCCCCAUAAUGCUAUUCUACCCUCUCAAUUUUUUCUGAUCAAAAUAAUGAACGCUUUAGGUCUAGCCAAACGUGA